AUGGAAGAGUGCAUUGAACUACUGAACAAAAAAGUCCCUCUUGUCUUGCCGUACGACUUGGAACGGGACAUUUUCGAGUUGGUUGCCUUGGCCUUUCCCGGACAUGCUUUCAAGCUUUGCACGCUUUCGAAAUACGUGCAGGAAUGGAUGGAGGCUAUCAUGUACGAGACUGUAGUCCUUGACCUUCCCUUGACCACUGUGGACCUCUUCCUACGAACAUUUUACUCCCGGCCCGCCAGCUUCUUUGCAAAAACCGUCAAACGGUUGUAUAUCACAAGCGCCAUCGACUUCCCUGAAUCCCUGCGUAUCAUCUCUGCGUGUUCGGGGGCCAUAACCAUGUCCUGUUGGACGGACAGACUCGGCAGCAAGGACAACGUUAUCGAACGCCUGUCCACGCAACGUGUAGAACGUCUUUCUGUCAAACUUUAUUCACUUUGGGGCAAUACAACUAUGCCGCGUCAAUUUACGAAAGCAUUAUUCCCCAAUCUAACACACCUUGAGAUCGUAAAUCCCCCUUCGCAGUCAUGCCUCAGUUUUCAGGUGGAUUGGGAAGGACUGAGAGAGCUACCAAAAUUGACACACUUGGCUCUUGGUCAUCUGUUCCAAACAGUCCAUCUAUACACCCUUCCUUUCCUCCAGACGGUUUUCGAAGAUUGCCCCAAUUUACGACUCUUGCUUUUACUGUCCAGUGACAAGCAGUUCAUGGCAAGCCUCGAGGAAACGGGUAUAACACGCGACCCGAGAGUUGUGCUUCGCGAGCAAUUCAAUUCUCCAAAGUCGCUUGUAGAAUAUUGGGAUUGCGUAAGACACGGUGGACCAGAUUUCUGGACCUCUGCAGAAGAACUGGUUGCCGAAAGGACUUCAAAAAAGUGA